UGCACAGCCAACAGUCAGUCUUCAGUCUUCACUACUGCGUCUGCGUCCCCCCUCUGCACUCUCUCUCUCUCCUCUUUCCUCCAUUAAUGGCAGCGCACACACUCCUCUAGCCUCCACUAUCAUUACUGCUGCCAAAACCCCUUUAGGUCUUUAACUCCUUAUAUAUAUACUCCCCCGAAAAACACUUUUCACAUUCUUCCUCAUUUUUCUUACAAAACAAAAACCCUUUUCUCUCUCUGCUAAACCUCUCUUUUCAUUAAUCUUCAAUGGCAAAGGGUAAGAAAAACGAUGGACAAGGAGAAGGAGAGAAAAAGGACGAUAAUGGCGGAAAUCUCAGUAUUCUUCUCAAGGUUGAUUUACACUGUAAUGGCUGUACUCACAGAAUUCGUAAACAAUGUUUGAGUUUUCCUGGAGUUUUGGGAGUUGAAUGUGGAGAAGACAAAGUGAAAGUAAUUGCGAAAACUUGUGUUGAUCCUCUAAAACUUAAAGAGAAAAUGGAGAAAAAAACAUUAAAGAAAUUUGAACUUAUCUCUCCUCAACCUCAAAAGAAAGAUGACAAAAAACCCAAGGACAACAACAACAACAACAAAAAUGAAAAACCCAAAGAGGUACCGGUGACGACCGUAAUGCUGAAGGUGGCGUAUCAUUGCGACGGCUGUGGUGACCGUCUCCACAAAGCAAUUUCGGCCUACCAAGGGGUGCAUGAAGUUGCAAUAGAGAAAGAAAAAGACAGGGUGAAAGUGACGGGAAGAAUUGAAGGGAAGAAAUUGGUGGAGGAUCUCUCUAAGAAGCUGAAGAAGAAACUGGAGAUUGCGCCUCCAGACAAGAAAGAGAAAGAGAAAGAGAAAGAGAAAGAAAAGGAGAAAGGCAAAGAGAAGGAGAAGAAAGAGAGUGGUGAAGGGGGAGAAAAGAAGGAAGGGAAGAAGAUGGAGUACACCGUAAAUGGGUCGGGUUACGUCGGGAUCUGUGAUGGUUCGGGUCGAGUUGUCGAGAUUUUUGAACCUCCGCAGUUUUUCAGUGAUGAUAACCCUAAUGGCUGCUAUGUUAUGUGAUUCUCUAUGGAUAGUUUUGGUUGAUUAAUGUUUGAUAGAUUUUGAUAGAUUCUAAAAGUAGUAAUGUUAUUUAUGUAGAUAAACAAAAGUAAUACUAGGAACAAACUAGCUAAGCAAGUUUUGAAAAAUGCUAAAUCAGGUGGUUUUGUUUUGACAUGUACAGCUUCGUAUUAUAGACUUAUUAGAAAUUUCAAUAAAUAUAGACUUAUCAAGUAAAGCUUAUUUUAUGGUGAUAGAUGGCAAAUAACUCUUGAUA